AUGAACGCCGCCGCCGCCGCCCGAGCGUCCAUGAUCCGGACCUCGAUGUACCAAGGAGGUGGAUACAGCAACGAUGUCGAGGCGGUUCCGCCAUUACCAAACGGGCGAAACAUUGCACCUCGACAGCGACAACCGCAAAAUGGAUACGGGGGCGACGACUUUGGCUAUAAGGAGCCACAGCGUGUCAUUCAGGUCGUGGAUUACAUGGCGUACAAGGAGCAGUGCGAGCAGGAACGACAGGAAGCAUCAAUCUUCCCCGGCGUCUACCGGACCGAGACCAACAGCAGCGUCGACACCUUGGACAAGCCCCGACCGGAAUUCGUCGUCGAGCUCGAGUCCUCCGCCCGCGGCAGGAUCGUGCGCAUGUUUACCGUCUACCCCUACAAAGACAUGAACUGGAUCGUGGCCGUGCUGUUCAUCGUGGGUAGCAUGUCAUUCGUCACCAACGGCAUCUUUGGUCUGCUUCCUCCAGUCUCCAGCUCAAUAGGGCCAGCCACUCUCACCACCGGUUCUAUUCUGUUUUCCAUCGCCGGUACCCUCGGUAUUUUUGCCGCCUUCAACGCCAAUCGUGGCACCAUCGAGGUCACAAAGGGAGGGGUGGGCACCUAUCGUCCGGCUCUCGUCGGGUCCAGCAGCUGGGUCUGGUUCCCAUCGUCAGCCGAGUUCCUCGCAGUCUUUCGAACCCUGCCGUUCCAGGUCGGAUGGUGGUCGACCUUUGCCGGGUUCAUCCUGGGCGUCUCGACCGCGUCGUCUUUUCCGGGCGUCUUCAAAGACCAGGCUGCAAACAUGACGCUGUUCGCAGCCCUCGUGUACGUGCCCAAGGUCAUCGGCGGGAGCAUCCUGGUCGUCGCAAACAUCGGCCUGCUCGUCUUCCUCCAGGAUCGCUGGUUCAAGCCGAAGCUGUCGUCCCCCGACUGGCUCGGCACUUUUCUCAACACGGUCGGCUCGGCUGGUUUCGGCAUGAUUGGAGUGUUUUUACUGCUGGGGGACGGCGACAGGGCGAACCUGGCCGCGUUUUUGGGCAGCAGCUUCUUCUUGGCUGGUACUAUUGUUGGGUUGUACAGUCUGAUGGAGUUUCACCCGGAUGCUUGGGCUGCGUGA